AUGAUCUCAGAGCAACUGGAGAAUCUGGAGCACAAGGAACAUCUCAGAAAUGAGGAAGGUCACGUGAAGAAAGAUUGCUAUGCUCGUAAAAGGAGGAUGGAGAGUGAACAUAAUGGUGAAGCAGCUGUUAUGGUGGAUACUCUUCAUGAGAUUGAUGCAUUGACUAUCUCAGAUCAGGAUCCCAAGGAUCGUUGGAUCAUAGACUCUGGAUGCUCCUAUCAUAUGACAUCCAGAAGAGACUGGUUCGAAGAUUACGAGGACGUCACUGGAGGACAAGUGAUGCUCGCUGAUGACAGAACAGUCAGAGUCGAAGGGAUAGGCACAAUCCGCAUUAAUGCCAAUGGAGGAACAGUCAAGCGGCUACAGAAAGUCAGGUAUGUUCCUAAUCUCAAAAGAAACCUAAUAUCUGUGAGUACUCUUGAUUUACAGGGAUUCAAGCAUGAGGGAAGCAACGGGAAGAUCAAGUUCUACAAGAAUGAGAAGUUGACUCUUCAAGGCACAUUGUGUGGAAGUUUGUAUCUGCUUGAUGGUAAAACUGUGGCAGGAGAUUCAAAUGCUGCUGUUUCUAAGGACGAUACAGCGUUGUGGCACAGUAGGCUCGGCCAUAUGAGUAUGAAGAACUUGAAGAUUCUGGUUCAGAAAGGGUUUCUAGACAAGAAGAAGAUCAGUGACUUGGACUUCUGUGAAAGCUGUGUCAUGGGGAAGAACAAGCGUCUCAGUUUCAGCAUCGUCAAACACAAUACGGAGGAAGUUCUCAAGUAUGUUCACUCAGAUCUGUGGGGAUCUCCCAACGUUCAUUUGUCGAUCUCCAGGAAGCAAUAUUUCUUGUCUAUCAUUGACGACUAUUCAAGAAAGGUCAACAAGAGAGUCAAGUGUCUGAGGACGGAUAACGGCUUAGAGUUCUGCAACUCAGUGUUUGAUGGUUUCUGCAAGCAGCAUGGGAUUGAGAGGCACAGAACAUGUGCUUACACUCCUCAGCAAAAUGGAGUAGCUGAGCGCAUGAAUCGCACGAUUAUGGAGAAGAUGAGGUGUCUCCUGAAUGAGUCUGGUCUGGAAGAGAAGUUCUGGGCUGAGGCAAUGGCUACCUCAGUGUAUCUUAUCAACAGGACACCUUCAAGUGCAAAUGAUGCCAAUAUUCCUGAACAGUUGUGGCUCAACAAGGAACCAGGUUAUUUGCAUCUUAGAAGAUCUGGCUCAGUGGUUUAUGUACAUAUAGAUCAAGGGAAGCUAAAACCCAGGGCGUUGAAAGGUGUCUUUAUUGGAUACCCUCAAGGCGUGAAAGGGUAUAAGGUGUGGUUGUUGGAAGAUAAGAAGUGCGUGGUUAGCAGGAAUGCAGUGUUUACUGAAGGCAAGCUCUACAAGGAUCUGCUACAAGACAAGGAAUCAGCAAAGAAUCAACAGGAUUCAGUGAAACAAGUGAAGUCUGGGGUUAUCAUCGAAGAUGCAGAGACUCAGGAGGAUCUGACAAACUAUCAGUUAGCUAGAGACAGGGAUCGUAGGACGAUCAGGUUACCAACCAGGUAUCAAGAUGAUGAACAAGUUUUGGCAUUCGCGUUGUCUGUAGCAGAAGUGAUUGAUUCAGAUGAACCAAAGACGUAUCAGGAAGCACUCAGAAGCAGCAACUGGGUGAAAUGGGAAUGA